ACCAAUUCAUCAUUCAGAGAUACCAACCUCUUCUCUUCUCUUCUCCUUGAUCAUAGCAUAACAAACCAAGACAAUAUGAUCAGCACCAAGAAACUCAUCAAGAUGGCAAGGAAAUGGCAGCGGGUGGCCGCCAUCAGAAGGAGAAGGAUUUCAAUACCAAGAGCUGAAGGAGAUGUCACUAGUGGUUGCAGCUCAUCAUCAGUGGCCGACAGGGGUCAUUUUGUUGUCUACACGACCGAUCAAAGACGCUUCGCUUUUCCAAUUGCGUAUCUUAACCAUGAGAUCAUCAGAGGGCUCCUUGAGUUGUCCGAGGAAGAGUUCGGACUGCCAAGCGAUGGACCCAUUACGCUGCCGUGUGAUGCGGCAUUCAUGGAGUAUGUGGUGUCUUUAAUCCCACGCCGCACAUCAAAAGAAAUGCAGGAAGCUCUGCUGGCGUCCAUUGCAAAUAAUGGAAAAUGCUCAAUGUCUCACUCUCUUCUUCAUCAUCAACAAAAACCCUCCCAGCAGUCACUACUCUGCAGCUUCUAGGCAGAAGAAGAUCCAUACCCCAUCUCUCAAAUUUUGUAGAUAUUCCCAUCCGAAGCAUUGUUUCCCAAUAUAAUAGUACUUGGGCCAUAGAUCCAAUUAUAGGACGCCUCUAAGAGGCUGCUACCAACAUACUCUUAUCAAUUUAGAUGGAGUAUAACUUGCCGACCCCAAGGGGAACCAUGGGUGAUGACCAAGAUUGUGUAGCUAGAAUGCAAAAAGCUUUAUUUCAUGUAUCUUAGUUUGUAUGGAGUAUAGUUAGCCGCCCAAUUAAAUAAACUGAUUUUUUGAAAAUGUUAAAAAAAAUUUCACACA